AUGCUUCAUUCGCCUCUGCUGCAGUUUUCCUGCCGUUUCUGCACCUGUCGCCACAUUUACAUGCCUUGGAGCAGCAAAGAGAUAGUUGAACGCAUCCGCCUUCUCGGGAGCGCCCACAGUAUGCUAACUGUAAACACGCCGCUGACACUUCUUCUCGCGUCAUUAACUUUGGCUUCAGAAGGCCUUCACUGUAACACCAUCCGCUGUCUUCAGGCUUUGGGAGAGAAGGACAUGGUUCCAGCGCUUUAUUCCAUACGAUGGUCUGAUAGUUUUCCUGCUUUAUGUGGAGAAUCAGUGCAUCUUGAGUCGGAGCUCGAGGUAGGGCGUCGAGAUCUUCCUUGGAUUUGCGAAACGCUGCUGCUCUUUCUUUGUUGAUUUCCGCCUCUUGUGUUCCCGGAUUGUAGAGUUUGCACACAAAGGCUUCAGCUUUGACAAGAACGUCAGCUCUGAUUUGGUGUUCCAAGAGGUCAGGUGCAUCUUCGUAGACUUUUCAUGCCGAUGCCUUGCCCACACCAUAGAACUGGCUUGUCGUAUCACAGCCAAUAAUGGCAUGAAAUGCCAGAAGCGACUUCCUCUUCUCCUCGGAGAACGGGAUUCUGUGAACUGGUAUGUAACGCCUUUGUCUUGAUGUACCUGCAAACAUCCAUAUCUCUUGACAAAGCUGCUCUCGGUGUGCCAAAAGGAGGACAAGAACGUCCGUAUCACGACACAAAAUGUUGA